CUCUGAAAUCUAGGUAUAUAAGGCCCCAAUUUCUCUCCCUCCUCUCCUGUUUGCCUCGCGACACAAACCCCCCUCCCUGUAAAUUUCUGAAUCAGCGAGCUCUUAGCGAUCAAACGAGCGGGAUAAUACAUAUUGUCGUUGUAGAGGAAAUGGCGACGUUUGAGUUGUACAGGAGGUCUACGAUUGGAAUGUGCUUGACUGAAACUUUGGAUCAGAUGGUUUCAAGCGGAGUUCUUACGCCCGAGCUCGCCAUUCAAGUACUGAUUCAGUUCGAUAAGUCAAUGACUGAAGCCUUAGAAAGUGAGGUGAAGAGCAAAGUUUCAAUCAAGGGGCAUCUUCAUACCUAUCGAUUUUGUGACAACGUCUGGACCUUCAUUUUGCAAAAUGUCCAGCUGAAAAGUGAGGAAGGCCAAGAAACUGUUGACGCUGUUAAGAUUGUCGCAUGCGACUCUACAUUACUGACUCAUUAUAUUUUCUUGGAUAGCAAAGAAACCCGACUCAUUUUGAAAACUGAGGGGAUAAAUUGGGAUGUUGCCAAUUUCACUUUUGAUCGCCUGUUCGGGAAGGCAACACGAUUGUGGGUGGGAAUGGGUGGUAUCGGGCUAGUGACCUGGUCUCCAACCGGGGUGGAGUCGAGCGUUGAGGGCGUCGCGGUAGUGACGGAGCGCCGGAGUGGUUAA